AUGUCCAAGUCCACAUCCAUUGUCAAGGCGUCUGACGCCGUCGUCUCUCCCGUUGACGUUAACCAGAUCUCCAAGGCCUCCAAGGCCCUCCUCGCCCACAUCAAGAAGGCCACCGCCGCCUCUACUGCCGUUUCCAAGAACCUUCUCGCCGAUGAGGAGUCGACCGUCGCCGAGACCCCUAUCUGGCUUACUCUCACCACCAAGAAGCACAUCGCCGACACCAACCGUCUGCAACCCUCCAAGAUCGUCCUUCCCAACCCCUUGAACGCCGAUAACGAGUCUACCAUCUGCAUCAUCGUCGCCGACCCCCAGCGCCACUACAAGAACGUUGUCGCCUCCGAGGAGUUCCCGGAGGAGCUGCGCAACCGCAUCACCCGCGUCAUCGACGUCAGCCACCUCAAGGCCAAAUUCAAGACAUACGAGGCCCAGCGCCAGCUGUUCAACGACCAUGACAUCUUCCUUGCCGACGACAGAAUUGUCAACCGUCUCCCCAAGCACCUUGGCAAGACCUUCUUUAAGAGCACCGCCAAGCGCCCCGUUCCUGUUGUGUUCAUGAAGCAGAGAGAGAAGGUUGACGGCAAGAGGGUACCCCAGCCCAAGGGUAUCAAGCCCAAGCGCAACCCCGUCGAGAACGUCAACGCUAGACCUACACCAGAGAUUGUGGCUGAGAUCCGCAAGGCCAUUGGUUCUGCGCUCGUUUCGCUGAGCCCCUCUACCAACACUGCCAUCAAGGUCGGCUAUGCCAGCUGGGACGCCGAGAAGCUCGCCGCCAACGUCGAGAAGGUCAUCAACGAGCUCGUCGAGCGCUUCGUCCCCCACAAGUGGUCCAACGUCAGGAGUUUCUACCUCAAGGGUCCCGAGACCGCGGCCCUCCCCAUCUACCAGACCGACGAGCUCUGGCUCGACGACAGCAAGGUCAUCGCCGACGGCGCCGAGCAGCCCGAGAAGGCCAACAUUGGCAAGAAGCGCAAGGCUGCCGACGACGAGACCGAGGACAAGGCCGAGGAGGGUGCCAAGGACGAGAGCAGGCCGACGAAGAAGGCCAAGAAGGCCAAGGCCGCCGCUGCUCUGCCCGAGAGCAACGACGACAAGCUCGACAAGGAGAUUGCUACCAGGAAAGCGACGUUGAGGAAGCAGAAGGCUGCUGCGAAGAAGGCUGUUGAGGUUUAA